GGAAAGCUUGAUAUCGACAAGAGUAUACCGUCGUGAAUGCACCAAAAGAGAAAUCACCGACAACCGAUUACUUCUUUCUUACCCGAAAAGAGACCCCGCAUCAGCGCCCCGCACCAGAUAUAUAGUGACAGGAUUACGAUUAAGUUAUUUUCGUGAGCUAUAUCGUGACUCAUUGCCGGUGUAUAAAUACUACGCCAUCCCAAAAACUCCGAGCAGUCAUUCUCCCAAGGCCCAUCGCAGCAAUUCCUCCAGCCUGAGAACAUAAUGUCUGGAAACCCUACGAGUCUAGAAGUAGAUGAGCGGGCAGCAUACCUGCUAGACGCCCAAAACAAGGCUAUCCAACUCUUUGAUGAGAUCGAGCGUGACCUUCUGCGCUCCGGCGUGGGUGAAAAGCAACUAAGCGACGAGAUCUACGAGCUCGCCCAACGACAUGGAGUGCGUACCCACUGGCACAAACGGGUCGUUCGGAGCGGUCCCAACACGUUGAGACCUUUUGCCGAGAACCCUCCGGAUCGCAUCAUCCAGUCCGAUGACAUCCUGUAUGUCGAUCUAGGACCCGUCUUCGAAGCUUGGGAAGCGGACUUCGGGCGCACCUUUGUCCUCGGGGACGACCCGCAUAAGAUACAGCUGCGCGAUUCGCUCGAGCCCGUGUGGAACAAGGUCAAAUCACGCUAUUUUGAGAACACCGAUAUGACGGGCGAAGAACUAUAUGAGAUUGCGUGUGAUGAGGCGAAGCAAGCUGGGUGGGAAUUUGGUGCUGAUAUCGCUGGGCAUAUUGUUGGGUCUUUCCCGCAUGAACGCAUCCCGAAGGAUAGGGUUACUCUUUAUAUUGCCCGUGGGAAUAAUCGGCCGAUGACUACUCCUGGUAAGGAUGGGAAGACGCAUCAUUGGAUUUUGGAGAUUCAUCUUCAUGAUCGGGUUCGUGGGCAUGGUGCUUUCAUGGAGCAGCUUUUGACUGUUGGAUGAUGCUGGUUUUCUGAUCGGAGAUUGGGCUUGUAGGAUGAUGAGAUGAUUCAUUAUUUCAGGGUGUCUUAAUGGCUCUACUUCUUGGUUAUAGUGUCUACAAUACUUAACCUUAUCAUUAUUUCGUUAAUUCCGGACUCCGACAAGUGGAUGGAAUUUGGAACUGGCCUAUAAGCGACGACUGAGCUCUCAUGUCAUGUUGGUCUUAGUCCCAGGGGCAAUCAAAUCAUCGGCCAUUGUCAAAAUCAGUGGAACUAUAGGAUCUCUCAUCUACCUUGAACGUUGAUUGUUCUUGUGGGGUAAUUCCAUGAGAGGACCUGUCAAAGGAUAUUUUGAACUUGUACAUAUUCAAAUGCUCAACGAA